CAGUCUUUCUACACCGCUCCGUAAUCUUCAGAACCAUUACUGCUACAGUAACUAGACCAGCGAGAAAUUACUAAACUGUAUUGACAGCAAGUUCAUCUAAAUAUUAAUUGUUAAUAUUAACUGGAUUAUUGCUGCCUCAGUUCAUGAAUGAUGUUAACAUGACCUGGGAGGUUUAAUAGGAAGUACAACUGUAAAUCCCGCCCGCUGGAGGGGCCGUGAUGUAGAUAGCAGACGCUCACUGUCAUUGGCCGAGACGGGAAGGAGGCUGUAGGCUGGCCGCUGUGAUUGGCCGUCCGCUCUUCUCACUCACUGACGGGAUGAGAGCACCUUAUGACGCGAAAAUCAAGCCCAUAAUUUGCUGCUUUCAACCUUAUUUACAGUGUACUUGAGUCGUUUCCUGACAGCAGAGCAUUCAAAUGUUGUACAUGGUGUGACUUCAAGCACGUGAUAUGUGUCACUGAUGAUACGUUCUGAUUUUGACAGUCAUGGAGAAGACAUAAGUGUUACAAAAGUUUAGAUAAUUUCUUGAAAUGAACAUAUACUUCUUACUAAGUUAAGACAGUGUUAAUGUUAAAGGAGCUGGUGAGAUUAUGGGAAAGUGUUUCAAUUGUGGAGAAAUAAAGCCUCUUAUGGGGCAAAAUAUUAACAGAAGUGAGUGGAGAAAUAUGUUUGCCUGAGUAGAUGAGACAGUCAGCUGAAAUUAGAUACCUUGUACAGUACUAUACUGUAAUUUGGGUUGCCAUUGUUGAAAAAUAUUACAGUACUGUACUGCAUAUGGAUCAUUAUUAAGAAGAAUUCCAAUCUCAUUUACUAAGAACUUGUGUGGGGAAGUACAGUACAGAAAAUUGGCCCCUACAAAGUACAGUGCUUGUUAAUAGUUAUUUAAAGAAGAAAAAAUAUACUGUAGUGUGUUGGCUGUAUCAUGAAUGAAUAUAACUAGAUAACAGUGAGUGAAUUGUCUCUGGACAGAUUAGAUUGCGGUUGCAUUGUCCAUAUGAGAAGAAUUGUAUCUACAUAUGUACAGUACCGUUAAGUCAAUCUUGCACAUGUGUUGGAACUUUAAUAAUUCGCUCAAUCACAUUUUGAGAUAGAGAUUCAACACUCUCUGUACAGUACCGUUGUGUUAACUAACUAAAGAAAGAAGUGUUUGUGGAUAAAAAGAAAGUGAUCACUGGAUAUUUCUAGAUUGAUGGUGGUGAUUAUAUUACUACAAUUAGACUGCCCUGGUUAGUGAAAGAGCUUUCUUUUAAUAUUUGGAAAGCUUGAAGCAAAUUUAAACAAGAAAAAGAGCUAUUUACUGAACCAUCAAAAGAAGUUAGUGAAUUGAAAGUGUAUAUACUGCAUAGAAGCAUUGAAUAUACAGUACUGUACAGGGUAUAAGAAAAAUGGAGUCACAUGAGAACAGUGAAGGAUUAGAUUUACACCAGACAAGAGAUGGAAAGACUGUUGAUAGACUGAUUGCAAGUCAUGAUGAAAAUGUUGCCCAGGAUAAUCCAAAGAACCUUGCCAUCACAUGUCAAGAUAAUGUCAAAGAAUUAAGUACAGUAGGUGGAGAGAAGGUCAGUGGUCCUCAAAGUAGUGAUGGUAGUGUUUUGGUUCAAGUUGAAGAAGGAAGUGGUUUUGAUGUUGACCCAAAAAAUUAUUGUGAAACAAAAAAUGCAAAUGGUGAAAGAAAUACCACUGAUGAGAUUACUGGGACUAGUGGUGAAAUAACUGAAAGUGGUGUUGCAAAUACAAAAUGUUGUGAUACUGUAAUUGAAAAUGUUAAUGAAUUAAGUAAGAGUGUCACUGAAAUGAUGAACAGCACUUGUGCUGGUAAAACAAAUAGAAGUCAUGUAUCACCAAACCCUGUUGCUGUAGAGAGUUCUAGUGAUGUGAAAUAUCCUGCUGGAAUAGAUAAUAUUUCUACUAUGACAAACAGUAAUAGUAAUGAAUUAACAACAGAUGUUAGUGAAGCAACAAAUAAUAUUUGUGAAAUAGCAGAAACUCCAGAUGAACAACUGGAAAGUAGUGAUGUAGUAUCAAAAGUUAAAAUAAAGAGGAACAAUAUGCCCCAAUUAGAAAAAGACAUUAAUGAAGCACAAAAUAUUGGUGAAUGCAAGGCAGGAGGAAGUAGUGUAGUGUCUGAAAGAUCUACAGAUGUUGAUCAGUGUAACAGCGUACAAAGUGGUGUUGAAAAGAUCAACACUUCAAGUAACAAAGCCUCUGACCCUGAAGGAUGUUUUAUGAAGUCUUCAGAUAAAGUGAAGGUAAGUGAUAAAAACUUGUCAGACAUAGAACAUGCCGAUACUUCUGAAAUGCAUAAAGUUAAAAGUAAAGCCACAUCCUUGGAUAUGGAAAGAGUUGAGGAACAUUCUAAUGACUUUGAUUGCAAAAUACAGAAGGAAAGACAAAGAAUCAAUAAUUUUCAGAAGCAGCAGAAUGAUGAGAAAGGUUUCACGAGAAAAGAUGAUGAGGAACAUGACCCAGCAGGGAAAGGUAAGCACAAAGUAAUGCAUAAAAGUAAACACAGUUCUUCUGCAAAAAGACACAAGUUACAGUCUUUAAAAGAUGUGCAUAAGGGAGAGAAAGACCAUUCCAAAAACUCUGUAAAGAGAAGAAAUUACACUCAGAAAGAUAAUAAAAGCUCUUACAACGACACGAGGAAAUACACUUCAAGGAGUAAGUUUUCCGGUGAUUAUGAUGAGACAGAGAAAUAUUCUGGAGAUUAUAGGGAAUUUUACCCGGAAGAAAUUUAUUCCAUGACUGAAGAGGAAGACUCUAGUUACCAUGGAGAGAGUGAAAGAAAUAAUGAUGAAGAAAAUGAAGGUAGGCCAACAGACCUUUGUGCUGUACUCAGCAGAAAUGCUGUAAAUCCAGAGGUGGCAAAGAAGUUUGCAGAGGCUUGUGUUUCAUUCUUGAAGACAUCUUUAAAUAAAAAACCGAGUAGCAGUCAUGAGAUAAACUCUCUUAUGAGCCAAGAUGAUAGGUGCUCCCAGGAUUCAGAUAGAGAUGGAAGAUCACAAUACAGGUGGAAAAGAAAGUGGAGUAACCACCAGUCAUCAUUCAAUUCUGAUUCUGACUCGACAGAAAAUGAGUUUACAAGAUACAGAAGUCCCAAAAAGAGGCAUGAAAGAUUGAGCAGGGAAAAGGCCAGUAGCACAUCCUGGGGUGACACAAAACAUUUCUGUGAUGAGUCAUAUAGUCCCAAUGUGAGUUAUAGCUCAGAUGAACGGUGCAGAGAACGAAAUUCGAGACGUAGUUCGUACAAUCAAGAUGUGGCAAAUUCUGAGGUGGACCAAAGUGAGAGACACAAAUCUACUAAUCCUGAGUCUCGUCCUCAAAGACAUAGACGUGAAAGGUUGAGCAGGGAAGAAUCCCGGGGUGACACACGUAUCCAUGAUCAUUCAUACAAUCCCAAUGUGAGUUACAGCUCAGAUGAAAGGUCUCAUCCUCAAAGAAGUAGACGUCAAAGUUUGAAAAGAGAAAAAUCAACUGAAACCUGUAGCACAUCCUGGGGUAACACACAACAUUUCCGUGGUCCCAAUGUGAGUUACAGUUUGGACGAGCGAUACAGAAAACGAAGUUCAAGACAAAGUUCUUACAACAGGCAUGAGGCUUGCCAUAAGUCUCAUCCUCAAAGACAUAGACAUGCCAGUAAAGAGACAAGAAAACACACCAGAAGGGAUUUUGAUCCUAUAGGUAUAUACAGAAAUACCUUGGAUAAAGUAAAGCAACAAUGCAAGAUGGAAAGUGAUCCUGUCAUUCGUCGUGCUCUUUUGACCCUCCUCGAUGUACAUAAACGUGAAUGCUCGCUGUACCUUGAGAAGCCAGAUGCCCACCCGGACUACAGUAAAGAAUAUAAAGUGUUCCUUUGCCGAAAGAGACAGAAUAUUAUUGAAUUGACAGGUGAUCCAGAUACCUUUGACUUUUAUGGGGAGUGGAGGAAGUACUGGCCACCUCGUAUGAACACUUUACUUGAGGAAAGUUGGGAGGAGAAAAAAAAGAAGUGUAUAAAUAUUAUAUCUCAAAAGAACAGUCAACCCAGCUCAGGGUCUUCUGCAGAUUCACCAUCAUCCUCAUCAUCUUCCUCAUCAUCAGAUGACAAUACUGAUUCAGAUAAGAAUAGAAGAUCACAGAGACGUGUAAAAAAGAAAAAGUCACAUAAUUCAAGACAUAAAAAUGUGUCUGCAAACGAACAGGAUAAACAGAAGACAGAAUACUGGAAGCCUGCAGAAAAUUAUGAUGAGGAAGUUGGGGAUUUGAAUUUAGAGUUGAACAUCCAGAGAUACAGAAGAAAUAAAGACCCUGGAGAAAGAUCUAAGGAAGUCAGUUCUUUUUGCACAGGUGAGCUUCAGGACCAGUCAUUAAUGUCUGUGGGUUCACAGGAUCAGAUUGUGCAAGAAACCGGUGCAGUUCAAAUUGUUGAUAUUUUGAAAGUGUUUAAUUAUAUGAAAGAGAGAUUUGGUGACUUAGAGGAACCUCUUGUUACACUUUAUCAAAAAGCUGUCAUUUUAAAGGAGCAGCAGUUGGAUUCUAAUCAGGUCCUUGAGGAGGAGGAAAACUAUAUAUUUUUUGAGAAGUUGGGUGAAAAACUCAAUUUUUUUUUAGAAAAUGAGAGCCUGACAGCAGUCCAGAAGGUCAUCUUGCAAGAACUUCAUGACCGUUUCAGUCACAUAUUACUUCAAAUUAAGGAGAGAAGAUCUCCAUUUAUGGGCCUAGACAUGUGCAACAUAACUAGGCUCAUAAUUGGUAAAGGUGUGAAUGAGUCCAUUGGUAUCAUAAAAAAAUCUCUAGGCAAUCAGGGAUACUCAAAUGUAUCACAUGAGAAGCUGCUAAGUAUUUAUGUACAUGCAAAGAAUGAACUCAGAAAAGGUGAUGAUCCUAUAUUAAGUGCCUCUAAAUCACUCUCUCAGAAUUCUGAACUUUCUGCCCCAGCUGUCAGUUGUGCAGGAUCUUCACGAGUAUACCAAUCACAUACCGAGCAGCAAAACCCUUUGUCCUCCGGUUUUCCACAGAAAUUCUCUCCAGGUGUAUCCCAAGCAAUAUACUCAAGUAAUGUCUCACUAGUUGCUGAAUCUCCAGUGUUUCAUGAAAAUAAUAUUCCACAUUCUCAAGAGGCAGCAUCUUCUCAAAACAUAGCAUCUCAAUUACCAUCAUCACCAUGUCUUAGUGGAAAGAAGUCUUCAGCAGCAUCCACAGAUUCUGUAGCUGAAGUAGAACCUUCAUCAGUUACAGUUAAAGAAAGGUUACCUGUAAAUGAUAUCCAGCUCACAGCUUCAAAGCAUAUAUCUUCAUCAGAUUCAAGCUUGGUUACACCGUCAAGUAGAAGAAUGGCAAUGUCGAAAGAAAAUACAGAAGAUUUUGCAUCAUCCACAGGGCAGGCAUCAACAGAAGGUUCUGCCUGUGGUAAUAGUGAAUUCAUAACCUAUAAUUCUGAAAGUUCAUAUCAAGUAUCAGGUCCAAAAUUAAGUCAGAGCUUAAUUAAAGAUUGUUUGUCAUUACCAUCAUCACCCAGUAAAGACUCGAAGCCCACCUCAUCAGAGGAUCGUAUGAUAUUAGAUUAUAAAAGUCCGGAAUAUCUUUUUCCUACUACACUUUCUGGCUCACUGAGUUUAGAUCUUGCUCAGUCUUCUGAAAACAUUGUAGACAUACAUGGCAAAAAUUUUUAUGAAACAGCAUCCAGUUCAAAUUUGUUUGAUGCCAGUUCAUCUAAAGACAGCAGUAAUGUAGUAAAAAAUACAGGAAAUCUGCAGGUGGAAGAACCAACCACAUCAUUACCAAAAAAGCCCAUCAGAAUUACCAUUCCACUGCUUUCCAAACAGAAGAGUUUUAUUUUCUCAAUUAAUCCCAUAAAUGAUGAUGAGGAAUUCUAGAAAAAGUAACUAAACAAUCAAAUGUGAGAGUAUUACACAUUUAAAAAAAAAAAUCCAAAGGAAAUAUGUACAGUACAGUG